AUGCUUAUGCAUUUGUGUAAUUUGAAAAAUGAAAGACUGAAAAAACUUUGUACUGAUCUGGAAGAGCAGCAUGCAGCCUCAGAGCUUCAAAUAAAGCAGCAAUCUACAAAUUACCGAAAUCAACUACAAGAGAAAGAGGUAGAAAUCAGCCAUCGUAAAGCAAGACAGAUUGCGCUACAGGAUCAGUUGCUGAAACUGCAUCCAGCCACUCAGUCAGUACAUUCAGGAGCUGGUGGUAUACCAGCGACCCCUGCAUCUUCUUCAUUCGGUUGUGGGAUCAGUCAUCAUGCCGAAGCUGUCCGUGAUGAUGACAUGGACUUUGGAGACGUUAUUUCAUUACAACAAGAAAUAAACAGAUUGUCAAAUGAAGUUGCAAGACUUGAGCCUGAAGUUGGCUGUUGGAGGCAUAUUGCUCAGACUUCUAAAGCACAAGGAACACAUAGCUCUGAUCAAAGAGAAAUCUUCAAACUGCAAAAUGUCAUUAAGGAACUUAAACAGAACCGAAGUCAGGAAAUUGAUGACCAUCAACAUGACAUGUCAGUAUUGCAGAACAUACAUCAACAGAAAUUGACAGAAAUGCAUCGUCGGUAUCGAGAGGAAUUAAGCUACUAUGAAGAACGAAUUGAAGAACUCAAAAACCUGUUACAAGAAGGUGGCUCAGGAGUUACAGGAACUGAUCACUCUAAAAUCUAUGAGAUGCGAAAAACUAUUCAAGUUCUACAAACUGAAAAAUGGAAUCUACAAAAAAAAAUUGAAGAACUUGAGGAUAAAAUAAAAGACAUAAAUUAAAAAUUAUUUUCUGCGGAAGACAGAGAUGUUUUAAGGAGAGAACAAGAGCAACUAAAUGUGGAAAAGAGACAAAUAAUUGAAGAAUGUGAAAGCUUGAAACUGGACUGCAGUACGUUGCAAUCUUAUGCUAUGAAGCAAAGUGAUUGUGUGACAGAAAAGGAAAGAAUUCUUCCACAGAGUACAUCAGGGGAAGAAGUCACACUACAAAAAGCACUGCCUGAUGCUGAAAAUGAAAUAAGACUGAAUAGUUUAAACCAGCAAAAUAGUUUGUCGGAUCAGAUUCUAAAGUUUAAAAUGAAAACAGAAUACCUGAGUAAACAGAAAAGCAUACUACGGCAGGAGAAGGAAAAACUUCAGAUAUCACUUUUAAAACGGAACAAUGACAAUGAAGUAAUGAAAAGUACAGCUGCAAGAGAUAUGAGUUUGGAUUCAGAAUUACAUGACUUAAGACUUCGUUUGGAGGCAAAGGAACGUGAACUCAAUCAGAGUAUUAAUGAAAAGGAAAUUCUGCUAUCCAAGUUAGGAGAAUUUGACAAACAGAACCAAGAAGCUACAAAGCACAUUAUUUUGAUAAAAGAUCAGCUAUCAAAACAACAAAAUGAAGGAGAUAGCAUUAUCAGUAAAUUGAAACAAGGUCUAGAUGAUGAAAAAAAGAUAGUUCACCAACUUGAGGAUGAUAAAAUGAACCUUACUAAAGAGUUAGACAUGCAGAAAGAACAGUUAAUUCAAAGUGAACUGGUCCUGAAUGAUUGGCAUUUAAUCAAGGAGGAGCUUGAGGAUAAAGCAGAAGAUUUAGUAGAUCAGCUAAAUAAAUCACAAAAAAAUAACUCAAACAACCAGAAGGAGAACCUUGAACUUAAGGAACAUAUUAGACAAAAUGAGGAAGAGCUUUCUGGAGUCAGGAAUGAGUUAACUCAGUCUCUUAAUCAAGACUCUAGCAGUACUUUUAAGGAUAACUUACUUAAAGAAAGGGACGCUGAAGUUAGAAACUUAAAGCAAAAUCUUUCCAAAACAGAACACCUCAAUGAAAAUUUAAAGAAAGUUGCUUUUGAUCUGAAAAUGGAAAAUGAAAAGUUGGUUUUCACACGUGAAGAUGUAAGGCAUCAGUUGGAAGAAUCUGUAGCUGGGAACAGUCAGAUUUCUCUGGAAAAAAACACUAUUGUGGAGACUCUAACAGUGGAAAAAGGACGGAUAGAAGCAGCAUUGUGUCAGGCUAAAAAGAGGCUGUUGGAAGAAGCAAGCAAGUAUGAGCAAAACAUUGAAGAACUAUCAAAUGCACAUAACUCGAGCACCUCUGCCUUACAGCUGGAACAUGAGCAUUUAAUUAAACUGAGUCAAGAGAAAGACUUUGAAAUAGUAGAACUCAAAAAGAAUAUUGAACAAAUAGAUACUGAUCACAAAACCAAGGAAAUUUUGUCAUCUAGUGAAGAAGAGCAGAAGAAAUUGACAGAAGUUAUAAAGGAAAAAGAACUUUUUAUUGAAAAACUUAAAGAAAAGUGUUCAGAGCUGCAGGAGGAAUUAGAUAAAUAUUCUCAGGCCUUAAUGCCAAAUGAAAUUUUAAGGCAGACCAUAGAGGAAAAGGACAGAAGUCUUGGAGCCAUGAAAGAAGACAGCAGUCAUCUGCAUGAAGAACUGGAACAACUCAGGGAAAAGCAGAGUCAAGCUGCACCUGUGGCUGAGCCCAAACCACUUGAUAGUAUCACAGAACUAGAAUUGGAGGUAUCUCAAGUGAAUAUAAUCAAGGAUCAUCUUGAAGAGGAAAUUAAACAUCAACAGAAGAUAACCGAAGAUCAAAACCAGAGUAAGAUGCAACUAGUUCAAUCUUUACAGGAGCAGAAGAAGGAAAUGGAUGAGUUUAGAUACCAGCAUGAGCAAAUGAAUGUCACACACACCCAGCCCUUUUUAGAGAAAGAUGAGGAAAUUAAGAAUUUGCAAAAAGCAGUUGAACAAAUCAAAACCCAGUUGCAUGAAGAAAGACAGGACAUUCAAACAGAGAAUCCUGAUAUUUUACAAGAAACAAGAGUUCAGAGCCUUAAUAUAGAAAAUGGAAGUGAAAAGCAUGAUUCAUCUAAAGCUGAAACUGAAAGGUUAGUGAAAGAAAUAAAAGAAUGAGAACUAGAGAUUAAACUUCUAAAUGAAAAGAAUAUAUCUCUAACUAAACAGAUCGAUCAGUUGUCCAAAAAUGAGGUUGGUAAACUAACUCAGAUUAUCCAACAGAAAGAUUUGGAGAUGGAAGCUCUUCACACUAGAAUUUCUUCAGCUUCCUACACCCAGGAUAUUAUGUACCUUCAACAGCAAUUGCAGGUCUACGCUAGGGAAAGACAGCAAGUAUUAGCUGUUUUGGAUGAGAAGACUAGGGAAAAUAGGCAUCUAAAAGCAGAUUAUAAUAAAAUGAUGGAUAUAGUUGCAGCCAAAGAAGCAGCCCUCAUUAAGCUGCAAGAGGAAAACAACAAAUUGUCCACUAGAUUUGAGCGUAGCAGCCAAGAUAUGUUUAGAGAAACUGUUCAGAAUUUAUCACGUAUCAUUUGAGAAAAAGACAUUGAAAUAGAUGCAUUAAGUCAGAAAUGUAAGUCUUUAUUAGAAGUUUUACAAACAUCCAGCACUGGUAAUGAGGCUGGAGUUGUUAACAGUAAUCAGUUCGAGGAGCUUUUACAGGAACGAGAUAAAUUAAACCAGCAAGUAAAGAAAAUGGAAGAGUGGAAACAGCAGGUGAUGACCACCGUACAAAAUAUGCAACACGAGUCAGCUCAAUGUCAGAAAGCACUUCUUCAGCUUCAGGCAGAAGUUUUGGUUGACAGUGAUAAUAAUUCUAAAUUACAAGCGGACUAUACUGGCCUGAUCCAAAGUUACGAGCAGAAUGAAACCAAACUCAAAAGUUUGGGGCAGGAAUUAGCAAAAGUUCAGCAUAGCAUGGGGCAGCUUCGCAAUACUAAAGAUCUUCUUUUAGGAAAACUUGAUAUUAUUUCAUCCCAGCUCUCUUCUGAAAAAGAUGCAACAAUUAGAACUCUCCAGGAAAAUAGUCACAGAUUCUCUGAUUCGAUUGCUGAAACCUCAGAGCUAGGAGGAAAAGAACAUGAACAAACUGAUUCGGAAAUUAAGCAGCUAAAGGAGAAAUAAGAUGUUUUACAGAAGUUACUUAAAGAAAAAGACCUCUUAACCAAAGCCAAAAGUGAUCAAUUACUGUCUUCAAGUGAAAGUUUCACUAACAAAGUGAAUGAAAAUGAACUUUUGAGGAAGGCAGUUACAAACCUGAAGGAGAGAAUAUUAAUUUUAGAAAUGGACAUUUGUAACCUAAAAGAGGAAAAUGAAAAAUUAGUAGAAACAUCCAGGGUAAAGGAAGCAGAAUAUCAAGCAUUACAGGAGACUAAUAUGAAGAUUUCUAUGAUGCUGCGAGAGAAAGAGCUUGAGUGUCGAUCGAUGAAGCAGAAGGCUCUUGCUCUUGAGCAAAUACUGGAAGAAAACGAACGGGGCAAGAGUGGGGAGUUAAAUCAGGUUUUAAAUGCAGUUAAGUUAAGGCAGGAGAAGACAGUUACAUUUCAACAGGAGAGAGACCAAGUCACAUUGUCCCUGAAUGAGAAACAAAUGGAAAACAGUACCCUACAGAAUGAGGUUCAACAUUUACAUAACAAAGAAUUACAGUUAAACCAGGAGCUAGAGAGACUGCGUAAUCAUCUUUUAGAAUCAGAAGAUUCUUAUACCCGUGAGGCUUUGGCUGCUGAAGAUAGAGAGGCUAAACUAAAAAUGAAAGUCACAGAAUUGGAGGAAAAGCUAAUUUCAUCCACUAAUGAAAUAGAAAAUGCAAGAUAA